GACGGGAGCGCGGGCCGCGCCGGCGAUGCCGCGCCUCCGCGCCGGGCUGUAGCUGGGCCGCGGCUGGAGUGCGCGCCGGGCGGGCCGGACAUGGAGGUGGUGGACGAGACGGAGGCGCUGCAGCGCUUCUUCGAAGGCCAUGACAUCAACGGUGCCCUGGAGCCCUCCAAUAUCGACACCAGCAUCCUGGAGGAGUACAUCGGGAAGGAGGAUGCUUCUGAACUCUGCUUCCCAGACAUCUCUGCUCCAACCAGUGCCGGCACCUACCCCCAUGGGCAGCCAGCAGUACCUGGAGCCAGCGGGGUCCACCACCUGAACCCGCCCAGUGGGGGCCUCUCCCCAGGGCGCCAUGGGCCCCUGCCACCCCCGAGCUACGGUGCUCCCCUCAACUGUAACAACAACAACGGCAUGGGCGCUGGCCCCAAGCCGUUCCUCGGAGGCUCCGGCCCCCCCAUCAAGGCAGAGCCCAAGGCUCCCUAUGCUCCAGGCACCCUGCCGGACUCUCCCCCAGACUCGGGCUCCGAGGCCUACUCCCCCCAGCAGGUGAAUGACCCCCAUCUCCUGCGGACGAUAACCCCGGAGACCCUGUGCCAUGUGGGUGUGCCUUCCCGCCUGGAGCACCCACCCCCACCUCCAGCCCACCUGCCAGGCCCCCCGCCACCCCCACCACCUCCACCGCACUAUCCUGUCCUGCAGCGGGACCUGUACAUGAAGGCUGAGCCCUCGAUGCCCCCCUAUGCUGCCAUGGGGCAGGGGCUGGUCCCCCCGGAUCUCCACCAUCCCCAGCAGUCCCAGGUGCUGCACCAGCUGCUGCAGCAGCAUGGAGCUGAGCUCCCCACCCACCCUUCCAAGAAGAGGAAGCACUCCGAAUCACCCCCCAACACCCUCAAUGCCCAGAUGCUGAAUGGGAUAAUCAAGCAGGAGCCUGGCACUGUGACAGCCUUGCCCCCGCACCCUGCAAGAGCCCCGUCCCCGCCCUGGCCUCCCCAGGGCCCACUCUCUCCCGGGCCCGGCUCCUUGCCACUCAGCAUCGCCCGGGUCCAGACUCCACCUUGGCACCCACCAGGUGCACCCUCCCCAGGGCUCCUGCAGGACAGUGACAGCCUCAGCGGUUCGUACCUGGACCCCAACUACCAGUCCAUCAAGUGGCAGCCACAUCAGCAGAACAAGUGGGCGACACUGUACGAUGCCAACUACAAGGAGCUGCCUAUGCUUACCUACCGCGUGGACGCUGACAAGGGCUUCAACUUUUCGGUGGGGGAUGACGCCUUUGUGUGUCAGAAGAAGAACCACUUCCAGGUCACGGUGUACAUUGGCAUGCUGGGCGAACCCAAAUAUGUUAAGACACCUGAGGGCCUCAAGCCCCUCGACUGUUUCUACCUGAAGCUGCAUGGCGUCAAGCUGGAGGCCCUGAAUCAGUCCAUCAACAUUGAACAGUCGCAGUCAGAUCGGAGCAAGCGGCCCUUCAACCCUGUCACAGUCACCCUGCCCCCCGAGCAGGUCACGAAGGUGACUGUGGGGCGGCUGCACUUCAGUGAGACCACAGCCAACAACAUGCGCAAGAAGGGCAAGCCCAACCCUGACCAAAGGUACUUCAUGCUGGUGGUGGCCCUCCAGGCUCACGCACAGAACCAGAACUACACGCUGGCUGCCCAGAUCUCAGAGCGCAUCAUCGUACGGGCCUCCAACCCAGGACAGUUUGAGAGCGACAGUGACGUGCUGUGGCAGCGGGCCCAGGUGCCCGACACUGUCUUCCACCAUGGCCGCGUGGGCAUCAACACCGACCGUCCUGACGAGGCGCUGGUUGUGCAUGGCAAUGUCAAGGUCAUGGGCUCCCUCAUGCACCCAUCGGACCUGCGCGCCAAGGAGCACGUGCAGGAGGUGGAUACCACCGAGCAGCUCAAGAGAAUCUCGCGCAUGCGUCUGGUGCACUACAGGUACAAGCCCGAGUUUGCAGCCAGCGCUGGCAUCGAGGCCACCACACCUGAGACAGGCGUCAUCGCCCAGGACGUGAAGGAGAUUUUGCCCGAGGCCGUGAAGGACACGGGGGACAUGGUGUUUGCCAACGGGAACACCAUAGAGAACUUCUUGGUUGUGAACAAGGAACGCAUCUUCAUGGAGAAUGUCGGUGCCGUGAAGGAGCUAUGCAAGCUGACGGACAACCUGGAGACGCGCAUCGACGAGCUGGAGCGCUGGAGCCACAAGCUGGCCAAGCUGCGGCGACUGGACAGUCUCAAGUCCACUGGCAGCUCGGGUGCCUUCAGCCAUGCAGGAAGCCAGUUCAGCCGGGCAGGCAGUGUCCCCCAUAAGAAGAGACCUCCCAAAGUGGCCAGCAAGUCAUCAUCCAUGGUCCCAGACCAGGCCUGCAUCAGCCAGCGCUUCCUGCAAGGGACCAUCAUUGCCCUGGUGGUGGUCAUGGCCUUCAGCGUGGUAUCCAUGUCCACACUGUAUGUGCUAAGCCUGCGCACCGAAGAGGACCUGGUGGAUGCCGACGGCUCUUUUGCCGUGUCCACUUCCUGUCUCCUGGCCCUGCUCCGGCCCCAGCAGUCUGGGGGGAGUGAGGCCAUGUGCCCAUGGUCCAGCCAGAGCUUUGGGACCACUCAGCUCCGACAAACCCCUGUAACUACAGGGCUACCACCAGAUGUACCCUCCUUGCUUCUGGUCACCACAGGCCUGACCAGCUCCACUCCAGGUCCAGCCAUCCGUACCUUGGACCUGUGCUCCAGCCGUCCUUGCCCUGUCGUCUGCUGCUCCUCCCCCAGCCCCAGCACUCCCACUCACUCUAGUCUUGGCCCCAGCUUUAACCCUGGCCAUGGUCUCAGUCCCAGUCCUAGUCCCAGCCCCACUAGCAACCGCUCAGGCCCCAGCCAAAUGGCCCUGCUGCCCUUCACCAACAUCAAAGCAAAGUCCUGGGGCCUUUCAGCCAAUGGCAUUGACCACUCAAAAUAUCCCAAGAGCCUGGAGCCCGUGGCCAGCCCUGCAGUUCCCUUUCCUGGGAGCCAGGGCAAAGCCAAGAACAGCCCGAGUCUUGAUUUUCAUGGUCGGGCCCGCCGAGGGGCCGUGGAACCCAGCCUGGGUCCUGCCCAGCCCACUCAGGCCCAGGGCCAGCCAGCUUUUCUCCUUGCAGACCCAGUGCCCUCCCUGACCUCCAUCCAGGUGCUGGAAAAUUUGAUGCCCAUCACCUCCCAAUACUGCGCUCAGGCAGAUGCGUGCAGGCCUGGAAACUUCACUUACCACAUCCCCGUCAGCAAUAGCACCCCACUGCAUCUCAGCCUGACCCUGCAGAUGAACUCCUCCUCCCCCGUGUCUGUGGUGCUGUGCAGCCUGACGUCAAAGGAGGAGCCCUGUGAUGAGGGGGGCUUCCCUCAGAGUCUCCACACACAUCAGGACACCCAGGGCACCUCACACCAAUGGCCAGUAACCAUCCUGUCCUUCCGCGAAUUCACCUACCACUUCCGGGUGGCACUGCUGGGUCAGGCCAACUGCAGCUCGGAGGCCCUUGUCCAGCCAGCCACGGACUACUACUUCCACUUCUACCGCGUGUGUGACUGAGUUGCCCUCCAGGGCAGUGCCAGGCUGGGGACCAGGGGUCCCUGGCACGCAUCCUACACUGGACACUAGGGUGUUACACUGGAGCCUGCUGCCGGCCAGCUCUGUGCCGCUUACCGGCCCUCCUGGGACUAGUG